GCUGUGUGUGUAAACGUAUACAGCCGCUGCAUACAUGCACUGCAUUAUAAUUCAACGACGAUUACCGCUAGAUUUUCAGAUGCGGAUUCUCCUGUUGAUCUCAGCUACUAAACCCUAUGUAAAACAUGUAAUUUACCGAUUUUUCAUUAUUUCCCGAAGGACCAAGAAGGAGAAUUUGUACCAGUAAAGAUCAACACCAAGGAAAUCAUCUGUGAGACUUCUAGAGGAAAAUAACCAUGGCUGGAGAGGGGCCUCCCUUCUUGACGGUUGGUACGGAUGUCAGUGCCAAAUACCGAGGGGCUUUCUGUGAAGCCAAGGUCAAAGUGGUUAAGAAGUUGGUGAAAUGCAAGAUCAACUUCAAAAGUGGAACAAGCUGCAUAGUCAGUGAUGACUUUGUGAAAGGAACUCUUAAAAUUGGAGCAAAAGUAGAGGCUAAAAUGACUGAAAGUAGUCCUUAUGAAGAAGGAACCAUUAUGAAGCUAAAUGAUGCGAGUUUGUAUACAGUCGUAUUUGAUGAUGGUGAUGAGAAGACUCUACGGCGAACCUUGCUAUGCUUGCAAGGAGAGAAGCACUUCCAUGAAAGUGAAACACUAGAUCAUCUGCCAUUGACAGAUCCAGAAAACUUUGGUACUCCAGUAAUGAAAGACACCAGUAAAAUGAGGAGAAAGAGAAGAAUGAGUAAUCGUUCGCAGAGUGAAGAAGAGGAAGAAGACGACGAUGAUGAUGAAGAAGACAGCGACAGUGACUCUCCUAAGAAACAACGCAAGGAAGAACCCGAGGAUGCAGUGGGCAAGAUUGUCAUUGUCGAGAUGAAUGAAAAGAGGAAGAAUUCCUUCUUUCCUGCCCUGGUUGUUGAUCCAAGCUGCACUAAAGAUGUCCAGACGAAAGGAAAAGACUACAUAGUAGUCCGAUCAUUCAAAGACAACAAAUUCUACACCGUUGCCAGAUCAAGUAGGAAACCAUUCCUGUCUAAAGACCAUACUUACAAAGGAGAUGUAGCUUCUCUCAAAGCUGCCACUGAGAAAGCAGUAACCUUCAUUGAUACCGGUCAGUUACCCUCUAACUGGGAUAUGGAGAUGCUGAAGAAGAAGAGAUCCGGUAAGCAGGGUCAGGGUCACUCGGAUGCAGAAACCAGCGAAGAUUCGUCUGACGAUGAGUACGAUAUGGAAAAGGACGCAUGGCUGGCCUCGCUGCAUAAGUUCAUGGAAGAGAGGGGUACACCGAUCAACAAGCCUCCGGUUCUAGGAUUCCGUGAUCUCAAUCUCUACAAGUUGUACAAGCUGGUCCAGGAUCAGGGAGGCUGUCGUAAGGUGACCGACAGGCAGAUGUGGAGGCAUAUCAUGAUCAAGAUGGGUAUCCCAGUCCCUGCUUCACAGCAGCCAUACAACAUUCACACUUCAUACAACAAGUACCUCUUUGCAUUUGAGGAAUUCAACCGGAAGAUGGGCCCUGGACCUCGUGUCUUCACCCGCACCAGGAGGCGGUCAUUUGACCGAGGAGGCUGGAUAACCUCCCCACCCAUCAUCAGCAGGCAACGAUCAUUGGUCAAACAGGGAAUCAAGGAUGAACCGAGCGAUAGAGAGGAAGAAACAGAAUCCCCCUCCCAGAAAAGGGUGACAAGAAAGAAAGGAGAGGAUGCCGGCAAAUCACAGGAACAGGAAGAGAGUAAACGAGAGACGCGGGAAGCCAAGACAAGAUCCAAGGAAAUAGAUAAAGAGGAAAAAGACUCGAGCGACCGAGAUGAAAAGAAAUCAGGGAAGAAGUCGGUUAAAGAUGAGAAGGUGAAGGAUAGAGGGAGCAAGGAUGGGAAAGACAAGGUCAAGGACAAAUCUGUAAAGGAAGACAGUGUGAAGGAGAAAGUCAAGGACAGGUCCGCCAAGGCUGAUAGUGACAAGAUCAAGGAUAGGUCAAAAGACACGCCUUCCAAGGACAGCGAUGAGAAGAUAAGCGAGAAGGCGAGCGAAGGAAAAGGCAAACCGAAAGAUGCAAAGGGAAAAGAAGAGAAGGGUGAGAAAUCAAAGGAAGAUAAAAAGAAGGAGGAGAAGGCAGAGGAGAAACAGACAGAAGCAAAAGGGAAGGAGAAGCAGGUGUCGAAAGGGAAGGAAAAGAAAGGCAAGGGCAGUGGAAGAGACGAUGACACAAACAGCCCAACUCCACCCCCACAGAUCACUGGUGCUGGCUAUGAUGUUGGCGAGAGGGUCCUUGUGCAUUAUGGGAGAGGAAGAACAGAGAAAAUAUAUGAAGCUAAGGUUGUAGACAUUGAGCUGAAGGGCAAGGACCACGUCUUCACUGUCCAUUAUACAGGCUGGAAUAACAGAUACGACGAGGCUGUCAAGAAGGCUCGCAUUGUCGGCUCUGCUGAAAAGAAAAAGAAAAAACUAACUCCUAAAGGAAAACCUGAGAAAGAAAAGUUAAAAAAGGAUGCCGAGAAGAAAGAAAAGGAGGAACAACAGAGGAAGGAAAGGGAGGAGAUGGACAGAAGGGAACGAGAAGAGAAAGAGAGAAGAGCGAGGCAGGAACAAGAACAGAAGGAAAGGGAAGAAGCGGAAAGGCUUGAAAAGGCAAGGGCUGAGAAGGAGAGGCAGGAGAAAGAAAGGCAAGAGAAGCUCGAAAAGGAAAGAAAGGAGAAGCUGGAGAAGGAGAGACUCGAAAGAGAGCGGAAAGAAAGGCAGGAAAGGGAAAAGAAAGAGAGACUGGAAAGAGAGCGGCAGGAAAAGGAACUGAAGGAGAGACUGGAGAAGGAGCGGCAGGAGCGCGAUAGGAAGGAGAGGCAAGAGAAAGAGAGGAAAGAGAAACAGGAGAGGGACAGGCGAGAAAAGGCGGAGCGAGAGAAGAAGGAGAAGGAACGAUUGGAGCAGGAGAAGCAGGAAAAGGAGCUAGCAGAAAAGGCUAAGGAAGAGAAAGAACGGAAGGAGAAAGCGGGAAAGGAAGGGAAGAAAACACCUAGCGGAAAGAGAGGGCGCCCUUCACUCAACAAGUCAUCUCCUGCCCCUCAGACUCCUCCAAGGACCACUCCAUCUGCAAGAGGGAAAUCCCCAUCACCUGCUUCAGUCUUCUCACAGAGGUCCAUGAGAUCAGAUAGGAAAAGUCUUACAGAAUCUCCAUUUGCAAGUGGACUCAAUGUUCGAUCUCGAUCUAAACGAUCAUCAACUGGGGAAUAUAGAAGAGGUGUCCAAGAUGAUUCAGACAGUGAAUUGGAUGAGUUAGAUGCUCAGUCUGAGAGCCAGCAGUCUACUCAAGACAGUGAAGACUCCCAGCUCAAAGACACCAGUGCCCAAGAGCCGGAGGACCAUGACGACAAUGAGUCAACAAAGACCGAGGAUUAUGCUGCAACUCUGACCAAAGUCAGCGAAGAGAAGCCAAGCUUUGAUGACGAUUUGGACGAAGGACCCCCGACCUUGACAGCAGAAGUGGCACCAGAGUCCGUAGAAUCCAGACUGCAGGAAGUCGAAUCGGAAGCACCGAAGGUCGAGGAAGUCGACAAGGUGAUUGUAGAGAAAGAGGGAAGGUCAAAGACAAAGAAAGAAUCUAAGAUCCGGCUGAGGAAGUCGAUAGACAAGGAGAGAGAUGGGAAGGAUUCGGCAAAUGAAUCAUCUAAAGGAGACAAGGUCACUGGGAAGGAUGGUGUCAAAGGCAACAAUGAUGCUGAAGAUGUGAAGGAGAAGAUAAGUGACACACCUGUCCUUGAAAGGCAGAUUUCUAUGGAAGAUGAACUGAAAGAGAAGUUGGAGGAUUUGAAACAAGAGAGCAAAGGUUCAGCAUCAGAUGCUGAUAAACCAACGGAGAAGAAGAAGGGUAGGAGGAAAGGAAGGAAGAGCCUGGAAAGUAGAAAGAGGAGCAAAGCACAGGCAGAUGUUGUAGAUAUCUCUGAGAAAUCAGAAGCCUCAGAGCCAUCGGAACCAAAGAAGAAACACGCCAAGAUUGACAGAAGGAAAUCCGAUAAAGGAGGGAGGAAGUCCAAGGUACAGGAGACCAAAACACCUGCUGAUAAUACAGAUAGUGACUUUGGGACCAGCUCCAUCGAAGACAAAUCCAUUCCAGGAACCAGCAAAUCUUUCAUGACAACUCCACCUACUACUCCAGAGAGUUCUCCAAAGAUGCCGUCUUCUCCAGCUUGCGAAGAAGAUCUUCAGAUGAAGACGGAAGAGCAGAGCAGCAACAAGAGCGACAGCGACGCCCUGAUAGAGGUGGCCAAUAUCGACGACAGAGAAACGACCGAGACCAGAGAGAAUAGUAGUACUCCACUUGCCAGCUCUGCACCAAAGAAAGCCACAUCAUCAUCCCAGCAGGCUUCACCUAAGAAGAGGCGGAGGGGUCUGUCGGAGUCAGAACACACAAAGAAACGCAGGAAGCAUGGCAGGAGGCGGCAGUCGUCUAUCUCAGAGAGGAGGAACUCUGCCAAGGAACGAGGCAAUAACAACAGCAGCGACACUGAUGAGAGCAGGUCAGAGAGUAGAUUGACGUCAAGCUCGGCCAAGCGUCAUAUGUCACUCAAGAAAUAUGCAAGGUCUUUGCCUCCAUCAAGGGUAUCUGACAGUGGCGGACAAGAGGGCAAUCAAAAACAGCGAAGAUGGAAUUUCCUUGUUGAUCUGAGCACAGUAAAGGAACCGGAUGAAAGGAUAGCCAUCAUUCAGCAUCAACUAUCAGAACUACGUUCAGUCUACUUACAGCUCAAACAAGAAGUGGCUACUAUUGACAGGAGGAGAAAAAAGUUCCGCAAAAAGGAGAGAGAAGCUGCUCAAGUCAUGGCUGGUGUCGCACUAGGUCACUGCCUCUCCCAGGGUCAAGACAGGGCGGAGUCUGGUGGUGGUGGAUCAUAGCAACAAGCCCCGCCCCUUUUCUACCAACCCCCCUUCCAAGCCAAGCCAAGCCGUCACAGGUGACAGUACAGUAUGCAGGGUCAGUGAGGAAGCCUCAGUAUUAAAUUCAUUGUGUCCAACGAGAAAGUGAAUCUGCAUUCAUUGAUUGCAUUAUAAUAGAUCUAUGUGAUUGUACAGAGAUGGUAUUCAUGUUGUGAUAUUCCCAACAACACUUCAAUAUGGGGAGCAGUUCAUGAAAAUAAACAGUCAGUGCUUUUUACCGACAACUGUUACAAGCUACUGAAAUUCUUCCAUCCGAUUCAUUGGCUCAGAGAAAAUUUGUCUUUGAAAAAUCACUGACAAACUUACUUAAUUGUACAACUUCGCUAUGAAAAUUUGUAAACAAAAAUAUCAAAUAAUACACAAAAAUAUUUUUGUAGACUGGAUCUCAAAUCCACAUUUUAUUUUCGUAUGAACAUGCUAGCUCUUGCUAAUGUGUGCUGGUUUGCAAUCAUUACCCCUCUCUAUUUCAAAAUAAGACAAUUUAGAAUAAGAUAACAAUGGGCUGAAUAUUUAAAUAGCCGCUUCAUGAGACAAUAGAAAUUCAGUCAAGAUGGAACUCGCCGAGUCCAUAGCUGAUUUCAAUUUAGGUGUUGGUGUUAAGCAACAUAAGACAUAACACGUAAUGAGGCUGGUGUUAGUGUUGUCUCUCAUGGGUCCAUGGAUGAUUUGUGCAGUCUACUGUACUCGUGUGAAAAUAGAUUUUACAAAAUCAAACAUUCCAGCACUGCAUCAUCAUUUUACAUCAGAAAAAUAGGAAUUGAGCUCUAGUUUGAAGUACUAUUGAAAAGAAGUGGGAUGUCUAGGAUUAAUCUCGAUUCAUCAGAUAUAAACAAGAAUAUGCUGCUUUUUUUUUUACAGCAUUCAUUUCAUACAUUUUUAUGCAAGUCCCUCUUUCGGCUACUUGUUUUUCACAACAUUGGAACAUUCAGCUUGUCAAUUAAACUGUCAUGCACUUGCUUUAUUGGGGUAAAUAAUAAAUAAUCCAUAUUUCUUUAAUUCCAUAGACUGAGCUACAUAUUUCAUGAAAAUCAUACAAUGUAACAUGAGUAGAUCUAUUUCAAAUAUUAAAGUCAAGAGGACCAACAAAUUUGCAUUUUAAGUCAAUGGUUUAUAUCUACAUUUUCUCAUAAAAGCCAUCAGAUAGGUGACAUCUGUUUGUCAUGAUUCACUUUGAAUUACCAAUCUGAAGUUAGGUAUACCGAAGCAUAUCUUUUGUUCUGCGCUUUCAUUGUAUAAUGAGUUAUAGAAUUGUUAAGGGUACUGCAUAUCCUUGUGCAUCAAUGCUAGUUUAGUGACAAUGACCCAUGCAUAAGCCUAUCCAUUAUUUAGUUUUAUUUGAAUUAGGAUUUAAUGUUUGUUGAAAGACAAAGUGAACUGAUUGCAUGGUGUGUGCUUCCGUGAUUGUGCCACCGUCACACCGGCGAAUCCCAACUCCUGACCGACACAGGAUAUCAUGUAAUUAUCAAUGCAUACAAUUUGGUCUGUUUGGUCGGUGUGACUGUUGCCAAACUGCUGAGUGAUCCAACUCGUGGCUUUGAUUAGCAUCUUGUCUUUGUCUUGUUAUAAAAUCACUAGGCGUAUUCAGACCGCCUUGAAGUUCGAGAAUACCAGGUUUUCUCAGAUCGAGACAUUUACCCUGAUCUACCUCGAACAGAAUAUACCAGGUAUUUUUUCCAAUGUGAAGGCAAAUUUGGGGGAUAUCCCUGAAAGAAAAUACCUGCUAAUUAGUAGGUACUUUGCUGAAAUUACAAUAAUUUUCAUAGGGAUUUUCCAGGGUCGUGGGUGUUCUGGCAGUGUGAAAGCAAAUUACGAGAAGUUGGGGAAAGGUGCUGUGGGCUGCUUGCAUCUUGCCUGCUUGGCUGCUUAUCUGACCGUACUGCGUCUACUUAAACCUGUCUCUCAACUCAAAAGAGUCUGCUUUGGGUUGGUGUGAAUGCAGAAAAUAAUUAUCUGGUUUGUUGAGGGCUGAACAAAUUCUCAUAAUUUAACAGUUAUACUAGUCGAGGCGGUCUGGAUACACUUAUUGUGUGUUUUCUUUGCACCAUGUCAAGGAGUUUUCGCUACACUACACACGAAAAGCAUGUGCACUAGAAUGAAAGCAAAGUGCCUCCUUAAUUGUGCCAAAAAUGACUUGGAUUUCACAGGAGAUGGUCCAUUCUUCCAGUUUUAAAUGUAAUAAUUAAUAUCAGAAAAUUUAUGCUGUUUUGAAAUGAAAUACUAGAGUUAGGUGAACUGUCCUAUUGAUGUGUAAGACUUUGUCCCCGGUUUUCACAAAGAGUUGGGAUUGGUCCAGAAAUCACAAAGACCCGAAUUCACAAAGGUGGUUUUUUUAAACCAUCAGUUGAACCCAUGGUUAAUGCAGAUUUCCUGUAUACAUGUAAAUUGCACUUAUUUUACCGCGUAUAUUAAAAAAUGUCCAAUGCCGAUGCGCACUUUCGUCACAGUGCAUUAAAUUGAUGCCUAUUGCCAUGGUUAUGCAUGCUCCACUCUUCAAACAGUGGACUCAUGAAUAAAAUAGCAUUCUUAACCAUGGCAACAGGCCUCAAUUUGGGGUGCUGUGACAAAAGCGCGCAUCAGCAUUAGAUAUUUUUGAUAUGCGCGUAAAUGAGCGUAAUUUAUACAGGAAAUCUGCAUAAACCAUGGGCUAAACCAAUGGUUUUAAGAACCACCUUUGUGAAUUUGGACCAAAGAGUUGUGAUUGGCCCAACCAAUCAAUCAUAACUACGAAGAGCGAGCAAGGCUGACAUCUAGAAUGUAUACAUCUGUUCAAAUAGGAUGUUUGCCCAUAAGUGUAUCAUUGUCUUUAAUACCAAACUGUGUUUUCAAAAGGAAUUUAUACUGUACAUAUGAAGAAUUUCGACACCAGCGAUGGGAUUUCUGGAUAUGAGAUUGAUAGGAUGAAUUGCAGCUCUUUGUGAAAACGGGCCCUGAUGAGGUUUGUUAUGCUUUUGUAAUUAUUAUGUGCUGCAAGUCAGUUAGUAUGUGAAGUUUUGAAGUGAAUUUAUAGUGGGAAUACAGUAUGCAAAUAUAUCAAUGCAAGCAUUGUUUAGUGAGCAUAGAUGAUACAGAAAAAUGGAUUUUACAAUAUGCUCUGAUUAAUUUUAUAUUACAGUUUUGUGUUAAAAUUAGUUUCAUCUGCAAAGAUUAUGGACUUGGUGGACCACCAAUUUUUGUUGAAUGUAACUUACAUGGCAACUGGCAAUUCAACGCAAUCAAAGUUUUGAUAUUAAUGAAAAGGUGCAUUAAUUAGGGAUGUGGGCAAAGUGGAGACCAUGAUGAGUAACUUUAUUACUGUAAUUAGUGAUGUGGAAUAAUAAGAUCAAUGGUGACUUGAACUAGCAAUGAAUUACCGAUUUUAAAGCAUUGAAAUAUAAGCAAGUGAUUUUUGUUGAUUUUCCCUUUUUAUUUUUCGACUGAAUGAACCCAUACAUAAGAUAUUGAAUUCUCCUUCCCUAUUUGUGCAUUCUUUUCCCCUGUUGACACUGUUUCUUUCUUUUGUUUUUAAAGGUCAAGUCCGCCUCAGAAAAAUGUUGAUUUGAA